AUGGGGGCCCAACCUGGCAGCAUGGGCAACAUGAUGAUGGGCAACAAUGGCCAAGGCGGUGACAUCUCCGGUGCAAUGGGGGGAGGUCCUUCGUCAGGUCCAAUGUCCAAUGGCAACGGAAUGGGCAAUGGAAUUGGUAACGGAAUGGGCAACGGAAUGGGAAAUGGCGGUAACCAAGAACUCGAGAUCAACGUCACAGUCUCGACUGUUCCCCCCAAAAUCAAUACCACCAACGGUACCACGACGGCCCCAGCCACGACUCUAGCGACGGCGGCGCCAGCAACGACGGCCGUGCGCAGUGGUGCGUCGACGGUAACUGGCGCGGCAACAGCAGUGUUUGUGCUUGUAGUCGCGCUUGGAAUGGCAACGGUGUAG